ACCGCGGGCCCCGGCGCAGCGGGACGGGGCCGGACCGGGCUCCCCGGGACCGCCGCGCCCGCGGGGCUCCAUGAUUUUCCCCCGGGUGCUGUCCUGUGCUGUUCUGCUGCUCAUACUGGUGGCCGUGCUGAGCAGAGGCAGGAGGUGCAGCAUCACCAAAAUCCUGCGGCAGUACCGCGCUGUCAUCUUCCAUGAGCUCCAGAACCUGAGGAACCUGACUGGGUCGGUGUACAGGAGCGGGAGGGCCGGACCCGCUUGUCGUUCGGACAAGGACCAGAAGAUCUUGCUGUCCAUCUACAACAUCAGCAUGUCCCUGCGGGAGGUGGGGGCCGGCACCCUGCAGGGCCCCGAGGAGCUGGCGGUCUGGAGGGUGGCCAGGAACACCAACUUUGUGCUCCGGGAGAACUGCAGGAAAAUCAGCAAGAGCGCAGCGCGCAGCGCCCCGGCACCGCGGCGGCGCGGGGUAGCCGGCCGCAGGAGGCAGCAGCUGCGGGACCUCGGCAGGAAGGCGGAGAGGCUGGCGACCUGCUGGGAGAAGCUCAACGCCCUGCACGCUCCCCGCCAAACUUCCUGGGACUCGUAGGGACGCCCUGGCCGCACGCCGGGGGAUGGAUGUGCUGCUCCAGCCCCGGGGAUGCCUGUGGCUUGUUUGGGAACCUGGGACAAAGUCAGCCUUGAGGGUGGAGGGGUUGCUGCCAGCAGAUGCCCAAGCUGGAUUCAUCCUCCUGCUCCUAGUGGUGCCCAGGCACCCGAUCCACCACUCCUGGCUGGGGCUGGCAGGUUGGUUUGCUGUGGGAUGGCUGUGGCAGACACCUGGGCACCAGAAACACUGGAAGGAAGAAGGCAAAGAACCAAAAAGAGAAGGUGAGGUGUGGAUUCUUAGUUGCUCCCGGCCCUGCAGCGCCUGCUGCUCUCUUGAGGACAAUGGGUGUGUUUUGGGGCAGAAAGAGGACAUGUGGGGCCAUGGCUCUGGGGGCUCUGCUGGAAGUGAGGCCACAGUGCAUCUGCAAGGCUCUGAGGUUACCAGGGCUGUCCAUGGGGACAGGUGUCCCUGAGGCACUGCUGGGAGGUGCAGAGCAGCCGGGCACCCACAGUGGACAGGGAAAUAAAGUAAAUGUGCAUCACUGGGGAAGCCUGGGGAGUAAUGAUAUCCAAAAAUGCCAGGCAGUGUGGGGACUUGAGGCCAAGGCUCAGCCUCAGUGACAGGCAGCACUGUGGAGGGACCCGGGUGCUUGGCACUGUGGGAGGGAAUGGUGGGGUGUGGGGUGUGGGGUGAGGUGAAGUGAAGGGCAUCCUCCCUUGUCACUGUGCUCUCCAGCACCCUGCCUGUGGCCUCCACUGCUUUGUUGGGUAGCAAAAAACCUCUGGGAAGCCAGAAAUAAAACCUCUCCUUCCCUGGAA